GCAGUCCUAACACUGCCUUCAAUGUAAAAAUAUGCCUAUUUGCAGACACUUCUGCCUCCACCACCAGCAACUGAGCCUGAGCUGCCAGGAAAACACAGCGCUCACCAUCAAGGGUGUUCGUUUCUAAUACUGUCAUGGUGGACUACUAUGAAGUUCUAGGAGUACAGAGAUACGCAUCACCGGAAGACAUUAAAAGAGCUUACCGUAAAGUAGCACUUAAAUGGCAUCCUGAUAAAAAUCCAGAAAAUAAAGAGGAAGCAGAGCGAAAAUUCAAAGAAGUCGCCGAGGCAUAUGAAGUGUUAUCAAAUGGUGAAAAACGGGACAUUUAUGACAAAUAUGGCAAGGAAGGCUUAACCGGUGGAGGUGGAAGUCAUCUUGAUGAUGAACGUGAGUACGGUUUCACAUUCCGUAAGGCAGAUGAUGUCUUUAAAGAAAUUUUUGGUGAAAGGGAUCCAUUUUCAUUUCACUUCUUUGAAGACUCACUUGCAGACCUUUUAAGCAGUUCAAGAAGCUCCAGUGGAAGCAGAAGCAGAGGAUCCCUUUUCUCCCGAUCCUAUGACUACCCAGUGUUUGCCAGACUUUCUUCUUAUGACACGGGAUAUUCACCUUAUGUUUCUCGGGGGCAUGAGAGCCUUACUUCAGUCUCUUCCCUGGCAUUUGAGGAUCCUGGGGUGGGCAACUAUAUACCCAUUACACCGUCAGUUAUUAAUGGAAGAAAUGUUAAGACAAAGAAAACUUUUGAGAACCGUCAAGAAAGAAAAGUUGAAGAUGACAGUGAGUUGAGAUCCUUUCUUGUAAAUGAAGAGGGCUUUGCAGACAAAUGUAACUGGAGAAGACAGUCAUUCAACGAUUAUUCACCAAAUUCCUAUACCCAUUCAAGUACAACUCAAUAUUCUCUUGUGGACGACAAGGAACAAGGAACACCUUGGGUCACCAACAAGAAGGAACCUUCCAUUUUUUCAGCAGGAUUCAAAGAAGGUGGUAGGAGGAAAAAGAAGAAGCACAAAGAGGGGCAGAAGAAGAAGUCCAAUAAAAGGAAUCGCUAAUUGACUGUUUAGACACAUUAUGAUCAUAUAACAUUUGAACACCACUCUUUUGUGUGUUUUGGUUAAUCACAGAGUUUUAUAGAUGAUAUUUGUUUAAUACUAUGUAAGAGUAGCUGGGGUUUUUUGUUUCUUUGUUUUGUUUUUGAGAUAUAGUUUCAACUUUUGUAGCCCUGGCUGGCCUGGAGCUUGCUAAGGAGACAAGGUUGACCCUGAAACUCAGAGAUCUGCUAAUGUCUGCCUCUUAGUUCUGGGAUUGAAGGUGUACACUA